GCCUGCGCAGGAGCUUGUGGCGUCAAAGAGCCAGCCGUGUCCAUGGAGCGAGGCUGAGGGGUCACGCUCCGGCCCGAGGCUGCGGGCGCCGCGACGUGACCAUGUCGGCGUCGUUGGUCCGCGCCACCGUGCGGGCCGUGAGCAAGAGGAAGCUGCAGCCCACGCGGGCGGCGCUCACGCUGACCCCCUCAGCUGUGAACAAGAUAAAACAACUUCUUAAAGACAAGCCAGAGCAUGUGGGUCUGAAAGUUGGCGUGCGAACCAGGGGCUGUAAUGGCCUCUCUUACACCCUGGAGUAUUCAAAGACAAAAGGAGAUUCUGAUGAAGAAGUUAUUCAAGAUGGAGUCAGAGUGUUCAUCGAAAAGAAAGCACAGUUAACACUCUUAGGAACAGAAAUGGACUAUGUGGAGGACAAGCUAUCCAGUGAGUUUGUUUUCAAUAACCCCAACAUCAAAGGGACUUGUGGCUGUGGUGAAAGCUUUAACAUUUGAAACCUCAGGACUCCAAGCUCCGGGAGAGCCGGCAUCUACCUGGGAGCUUACUGAAGAAAUCAUGUGACUGUCACGUUUCAGAGUUUAUGGUGUGCGGCCACCUCAGGGGGGAAUAAAGUGAUGCAGCCAGUGUGCAAAUCCCGAAAAGCUGGUAUCUGUUGUCUGUAAAGCCCAGAAACUGGGAAAACAUUGUUUUCUUUAGGUCAUUCUCCUGUUCUGUACAGAAAGCCCCUGCGCUGCUCUUAACUCUGUAGCUUUGUUCUUUGCGCUAGGACCAACUUCGUGGCCAUUGCUUUGCCGGGAGCUGAGGAAACGGGUAACAGGUGUGCACCCCGAGAUCCUAGUGAGUGGAUUGAGACGAUGCCUCCUCGCCCCCUUCUCAUCUCCCAGGCAGGACAGCUGUGGGUAACAGCGUAGUGGUCCCUCAUUUCCCUCGCAUCUGCCAUGGCCUUUUACAUUUUAUUAGAAAUAUGAUCAUCGGACGCCUUCUUCCCGCCCUUCAGUAGUUCCAGAUUUCUGAGUGAUGGUGUCAGAAGGUGGGAGCUGCCAGACCUGGUCUCGGUCCAUCCCCUAGGGCAUGCUUCGAGAUGGUUGCCUUAGACCUUUCCAUUAGAAGCUGUGACAAGCAGCCAGCUAGCUCACCGCACUUAACCAGAUCUGAUAAGUUAGAGAGCUAGGACCGUACCCAGCUCUCCCUUCCUCACAGGUGACCCCAGUACUGUAUGAGACACUCAGAGGAGGUGAGUGGUGCCUGCCUUCCAUGCCUGGGCAGCAUUUUGAUAAGACUUUAAUUUAUAGACUGCAUUUGUUUUCUUCUGAACGGAAGUCUUAUUUAAGCUCUUUUGUUUGAAUUGCCAUCUUGCUUGUUUGGAGCUUUGAAACCAUCAUUUCUUACAGAGAUCCUGCAGCAGAAGAAUUUACUCUUGGAGCACAGGGCCUAUGGAGCAGACAUGGAGGUGUCUUCUUAGUUCCCAAUACACAUAUUUCCUGGUUCCUAAAUGAAAUUGCUGAAGUUUUAAUAUUUUUUAACACCAGUUUUUUGAGUCUUCAUUUUGCUGUAUAGUGUAGGCCAUCCUGACUGGCGACCCUCCUGCUUCAGCCUUCUGAGAUAUGUGCCACCAUACCUGAAUCCCAAGUUUUUCUUAAAAGUGAUCUUAACUUGACCUGUGUUUGACAUCUUAAGUAACCUGUGAGUUCUUUUGUGGAAGGCUGUUUUUCACAAAGUAGCUGAGUUUCAUAUUUGUGCUAUUUACUAAAAUUCCUACCACCAAAAUGCACCACCUUGUAGUUUUAUAUGAUUGUUAUGAGUUUGUUAUCAUAAAUAGAAUUGUUGAUACAUCUUUAAUUUGUGCAAUAUUGUAUGUAGAAAUUGAGUAUCAAUUAAAAAACUCACCUCUUGUGAUCCUAA